UCCCAAAAACGAAACGUCAAAACUUUUAUCCAACGAGGAAAAAUUUACAAUCCGCUGUGUGAAAUCUUUGCGUCGUGGAAAUUCUUGAAUUUUUGCUAGAUUUGAAACGUUUUUCCGACUUAAAUAGGUGAAAUUAUUCCAGAUUGUUAAAGUGGUGAUACGAAACGGUAGAAAUUCGGCGUGGGUCUCACCGUUGAGGACUGCAUAAGGUCGCGUGGGCCAUCGUUUUGACUGCAAAGUUUGAGAACGGUCCGAAAUCAUCCAAACUGGGGGGAUAAGUGGCCCUUCCAUUUUGUUUUGAAAUAUAUAGCAGUAUAAGGAAGCAAGGAUAUUUUGAUUCGUCAGAAUGAGUGUCAUAAUUCGAUUGCAAAAUUUGCCCUGGUCGGCAAAUGCACUGGAUGUUCGUAACUUUUUCAAAGGUCUGUCCAUUCCGGACGGCGGAGUUCACAUCGUUGGAGGCGAAAUGGGCGAUGCGUUUAUUGCUUUCAGCACCGACGAAGACGCCCGGCAGGCAAUGAUGAUGAACGGAGGUAAAAUCAAAGAAGUGCAGGUCACAUUGCUUCUGUCCUCUCGCGCCGAAAUGCAAAAGGUCAUCGAAGAUGCACGGCGCACAACGAUGUCGUUUAUGCAGCUGUCCGCCCAGGCUGCUCCCGCAAUCCCUCAGCAGGCUCCGGUAAUCCCUAAAGUUUCGGCUCCGGCUGUAUCAGGUGCCCAACCGCAACCACCGGUCAUUAGUCUUUCGGGAUUUCUGGCGCAGAAUCUCAGCCAGCAGAAAAAUCAAUCGCUUUAUUCGGAAAUUCCUGGACUGGGGUUCUUGGCCACGAGUGGUGGAAUGUUUCAACCAAAUGCUCCGGCGGCUGGUCUGUUUUCGGCACUCAGCGGUCAAAACUACAGUGCUGGGUCGCCUACUAACUCGGCGUUUACGCAGCUCUCUGAACAGUUGAAGAAGGUUGGCGAAGCGGACAAGACUGGUGGGUUAGCGAAGGUGUCUGGGUCAACUACGAAUUCUUCGUCUGUCUCGAAGAAGGAUUCUGGAGAGAGGAGCAGCCGUAGAAGCAGGUCGAGUUCUCGUGAACGGGAUAGGCGACGAUCGUCGAGGGAUCGAUCGAGAUCCAGAAGUCGUGAUCGUGGUAGUAGACGCCGUGGCCGAGAUCGUAGCUGCAGCCGUGAUAGAAGAAGCAGAAGCCGUAGCCGCGAUCGUCGUGAUCGCAGACGUCGAUCUCGUUCCCGCGAUAGACGUGAUGAUAGAGCAAGGGACAAGACCCGAGAUGGAGACCAGAAAUCGUCCGAUAAGAACUCCAAGUCGAGAGGUUCUCGGUUCAGUGAUCGAGGAGAUAGUAAGUCAACUCCGGCGGAAGUGGCAAAGAUUCAAAGUCCGAAAGCCACACCAAACGUGCUUCAGCCGACGACUUUUACCAGUCCUUGGGAUGCGCCGAUUCAACAGAGUUUGAUGAAGUUGGCUAAUCCUGAUAUGGAGAAGCCGGUGCAGCAAAACGCCAUUCCGUCGAUAAUGAGUCCCACGCAAAGUACGAGCGAGGAUGGAUUUGGCGAUCGUAAUGAUCAGGGAUUGAAGUCUGUCCCCGCCGUUCAGAAUCCAAUUGUGAGUUAUCGGAUGAACGUGAUGCCAGCGGUGAACUAUGGGUCGUUCCAGUCAUCGAAGCCGCUCAGCAAUGAACAGUUGAGUAAAUUGCAGCAGUUGCAGUCCCGACGUGAUUCUAAGAUCUUCCAAGGACCGCCGAACAUGGGUGGAAACAGGCAAGGAGGACAUUUCUCGGACGGAGAGAGCAAUACUUUUGCGAAGAACAAUAAUAGAGGUGGGUUUGAUUUAGCACCGCGGAGAGAAGUCGGCGCAAAUCGACCGGGCGAUGGUUACAGCACGGAUGGUGGAGUGAAUAAGCGGAACCAGAGCAUGGAAGAGCGAUCGGACGGACACGAUGACGUUGAAGGGCAGUCGGUAAAGGUGUCCAAUCUGGAAAAUGCUACCGGUUACGGCGAGGUGCGUCGAUUCUUCCAUGGGCAAACGAUUUCCAGCAAUGGCAUCAAAAUGAUCAACGAUAAGAAUGGAAGGCGAACUGGAGUCGCAAUGAUAAGGUUCUUGCGGAAGGAUGGCAAGCGGUAUGCGCUCUCACGAGAUGGGAUGAGGUUGAGGCACUCCGUUGUCAAAAUCGAAUCAAUCACGGAUCAGGAGUUUGAAGAAGCGGUUGACUCCUAUCGCCCGGGUUAUGAAGAAGUUCCUAACAACUGGAAAGAAGUAAGUCCUGAUCGAAAGGAGAAUAAGCGGGAAGAAGUUAUCGAAAUUCGCGAUGAUGAGCAGGACGUCAAACAAGGAUCGGUUGUGGUCUGGAGUUUGCCUUCUAUGACCACCGAAUUGGACUUGAUGAGAAUCUUUUCGGACUUUACCGUUGUGGAAGUCUUGAUCAUCAAGAACUAUAAAAAUCCUAAGCAAUUGGAUGGAUACGUGAAAUUCCAUCGGGUACAGGAUGCUGUAAGAGCAUGCGAUAGCACUCACAAGCACUAUGUCAGGAAUAAGCGAGUGUUUGUGAAGCAAUGUUCGGAUAUUGAAUAUGAUGCAGCUAAGAAUGAGUACGAAGCCCCACAUGAACCGGAACCGGUGACUGUAGAUCUGGAUGACUCGGUUCAAAUUGUGAAUGAGACUUCUAAGGAUUCGAAAAAAGAUGAAAAGAAUGAUGAUGAUGAUAAAAUGGACUUGGCAGAAGAUGAAGAAGAAGAUAACGAAAAUGCUCAGUUGGGUGGGGAUGUAAAUGCGCCAAUUCAACCAAUACAACAAAAGCCAGUUGAGAACCAAUUUGGAUCGCCUCCACCGAACAUGGCAUCCGGUAUGACAAACAAUGAACCUCCGAUGAAUCGGGGAUACCCCUCGAAUCAACCGUUUGCAGGAAUGCAGAACAUUGUUCGUCAAGAGGAGAAUUGGGAACCUGAACAGUUCCGACAGAAUGCCCCACCGAUGAACCGUGACCCCCGAGGUAUGUUCAAUCAAAACUUCAACCAAGAGUACCAACAGGAGCAACAGUUACGACAACAGCAGCAGCCACAGAGCAUGCCUCAAUUGAAUCUAGGCUUCGGCGGGGAUAUGAAUCGCGAUCCCCGUCGGCGUCAGGAUGGAAUGAUGAAUCAAAUGCAGCAGUCUGGAUUCGACCAAGGUAACUUCCAGGGUGAUAACAGUAGAGACAGUUUCGGCUCACAGCACUCACUUCCGCGUUUCAAUCCCCAAGGUCCGCCACCGUCAAUGGGCAACAAUAAUCGGUUUGGUCCACAGGAUAUGGGUCCCAUGGGAGGGAACAAUCGCUUCGACCAACAGCAGCAACAGCAGAUGGAUAACAAUCAAGGCAGACCGUUUGGAAGUAAUCGCUACGAUCAGCAAAUGGGCUUCAACCAAGGACCUCCUAUGGGCGGUAAUCGAUUUGAUCAGCCAAUGGGCCACAAUCAAGACGGUCCUCCGAUGGGCAACAACCGGUAUCAACAACAACAGCAAAUGUCGAAUGCUCCGGGUGGUCAGUUCGGCAACAAUCAGUUCAAUAGGAAUAACAAUGGUCGCCAGAACGCCAACGAUGAUAAGACCACCUUCAUCAUGAUCACAAAUUUAGAGUACGCCAUGCAAGAAUCCAACAUAUUUGAGUUCUUCGACCAGGAAGGAUUCAGUCCAAAGCACGUUCACAUCCUUCGGAACAAAAAUGGUCGCUCGAUGGGCGAAUGCUUGGUGGAGUUCCAGUCUUCUCAGGAAGCCGAAGAAACCCUUUCCAAGCAUGGCCAAGUCAUCGGAAAGAGGAGAGCAUUUAUUAAGCAUCUGAAUAGAAAUCAGAUCAUGGAUAUCAUGCAACGUAUAAACCAAAAUGGCCCUGGACUGAGAAACCAAAUGGGCGGUCAAUUCGGAGGAAACAAUAACUUUAACAACAACAACAACAACUUCCGCAGAGGGGACAACUUCGGUGGGAAUAAUUUCGGAAACAGCAACAACAACUUCAAGGGCAACAAUCAAAAUGAUAGAGAUAAUGGCGGUUUCCAAAAGAAUGAUGAUCGAUUCAACAAUGACAACCGAAACUUUGACGAAAGGAAUUCGCAGGGAAAUAACAACCAAACUUAUUCUGAUGAUCACUUUUACGAUGAAGAUCCGCAAGAAGAUUUCGAAAGUCAUGAAGAUCAAGAAACCCAUGGAGAUCAGGACAACUACUCUAAAGAUAAUGCAGAACCAACAGAGGUCGAGAAGAUGCCUGAAAAGCAAUCGGAUGAUGUGACGGAAAGUGAUCAACAUAAUGAGAACCCCGAAGAGGAUCAUGAUAAGGUGGAGUUAGAACCGGUUGAGCAUGGUCCUGACGAUGAUGAUCCGCCGUUGAAGCAACCCAACGAUGAAUACUUACAUCCAUGCGAGGAAGAAGAAGAAUAUCACCAUAACGAAGAACAAGGGGAUGAAGAACCUGAAGAUGACGAACACGAAGGAUCAGGCAACCAAAAUGGAUUAGAACCGCAGCAGCAAGAACAGCAGCAGGAGCAGCAACAACAACCACAACAGGAAGAACAACAAUCUCAACACCAGGAAAACGAAGAAACAGAACAUACCGAUCAAGAACAUCACGAAUCCGAUAACAUGCACGACGAAAACCAGCCGGAACCAAUUCGUGGAAACAUCCUGUGCCUGGGAAAUUUGCCAUUCCGGGCGCCAAACGAAGAGCUGGUUGGUUACUUCCGGGAGUACAACAUUACGAUAGAGGACGUGAAGCGGCGAUAUUUGCCCGAUGGACGCCCGACCGGUGACGCCAUGGUACGGUUCCAGAGCGGAAUGGAUGCACAACGGGCGAUGCAGACACACUAUAACCGGCGAAUCGGAGGGCGGCAAGUCCGGAUGCGGAUUCUGGAAGAUUGAGAGGCAGAGCGGCGAUAGGCGUAAUCCGACGUUUUUGAGCGGAUUCCUUUCAGCUUAAUAGCUUAUUUUGUAAGUGAUGAGUUUUGAUUUUUGAAUAAACUAACGUUAUCUGAUAACAUGAUAAUUUAUAAUGAAGCUACUGGUGUACAUAUUUAUCAAGAAUACAAAUGGUAAAUGCCAAUGUGAGAAAUAGUAA